CACAAUAUGGCCGCUUGAAUGUCUCGAACAGCUACUUGAACUUUUUUACGGUUCAAUGACGCUUUAUAAGACGACCAGGUCAUUUCAUAAUCCUUGCACAACAGUGGACAUUUCUUGAACUUGGUCUAAUAAGGAAAAAUUCAUCAUUGUGGUAAAAUAAUUCAAAAAUACCCAAGGACUACGGCCACAUCGCCGAGCGCAGCUGGAAAGGGAGGUCACUCAAAUUUCACAAGUUUUAAUGAUUCGACUAAGGUCUUGUAAGAUUGGACCUGCUGUUCUGAUUGCCUUGCUGUUGUCACUGGUUAAUACUCUCAUUAUUCUUGUGUAUUUAGGUAAGAGAAUGCAGUAUAUGUCUUUCGUUGUACAAAUAAUAAUGUCAAAUCUACAAUGUUGCUAUUGUAUCAACCAAUCAAUGUCAAUCCCUUCCACCAGAACAUUUUGCAUUCCUGUAAAAAACUUAAUUCAAAAUACCGUUUCUACUGAUCUUUAAUUCAUUGGGAAUAUAUUUGGUAAUUUCUUGAUACAGUGUAAACUUUUAAUGAAAAAUAUUUUGCUGAAUCUUUCAAAUAUUUUGUGUUUGAAACCGAUGUUUGUCAUAGUUAUCGAAAACAAUUACUAAUUAAUAAUGACCACGUAGCUAAUAAUUAACUAGAUAUUGGAUGUCCGAAAUGACAAUAAACUGCCCAAAAAUCUCCCGAUGAUGCCGAAAUGUUGUUACCGCAAUUAUAAGCUCAUUACCACAUUGAUAUGCAAGAUUUUUCACUUGGGAGGAAUAAGAAGAUGUUAUUAAAAUGUUACAUAUGUAAAAGAACAGAUCAGUAGGUUGUACCUGCUGCAGAGGAUCCCACAUUUUAUUGAGGUUUGCACGUUCAAUUUCAUACAUUUUCUGAUUUUUGGAAUAGCGACUGGAGGAACUUCUACUGUUAACGUGUAUCGAUGUCUUGCAACAAUUUAAUUGAUUUGUGAGCUCACAAGAAAAUACUCAGAAUCCUUUGGUUAAUGAAAUAUCAUGGUUAAAUAUUUAAACAUGUCGAGGUUGUUAUACAGCAAUAUUUUUAAAUAGAAUGCAGGGUUUUGGUGGAUAAUCCAAGAGAGCAGGGCUUGAAUUUUAUCACGGCAAUUGCCGCGUAGAGGGAGAACAAAAUGCUGUGGAUUAUUGCGGCAACAACGGCAUUUUUUGCCGUAUAGUGUAAUUUUUAUACUAUUCACUGUGCAUUACUAUUUUAGUCUCAGUUUUCUUCUAAAAAAAACACUUAAAGAAAUGUGUAAACGUGUUUCUAGCUUGUCAACAAUCCAAAGUAACAAUAAAGUUAAAUUUUUAUUAAUUUGAAAAAAUGCUGUGGAAACUGCCAAAAUUGCCAUAGACACCUGUUAUGUUCUACGGCAAUUUUUAACGCCAUUGCCGUUGAUUAAUUUCAGGGAAAUUCGAUGCCUGCAAGAGAGCAUACAGUAUAUAUACACUAAACCCAGCAUCCUAGUGCAACCAAGAGAAGAGUUCACCACACAUCUUUCAAGUACAUACUGUAUUUUCAAGUAUACUGUACUUUAAAGAUGCUGUAUUAUAUUCUGCGCAUAUAUUCUGCGCAUCAACACGUGCCAUCAGUGGGGGAUAAUGUUGGGAUACGGUAGUAGCUUUGCAGACAGGGGUGGAUUUAUAGGUGGGUUGCCCUUGGUCAACAGGGGUUCAAGAGGGGUGCAAAAAAAUCAAGUUCAGAAAUAUGGCACAAUUCCCAAGGUUUUUCCUUUUUUGAAGUCAAACUGAAGCUCAUAAUUCAAUGCUCAUAUCACAGAAAAUGGCAUUUCUAGGGUUCUAAUUUUCAAAAUUUUCUGGGGGCAUACCCCUGGACCUCCUAGGGAGCUCACGCCUUCAGCGCUCAGAUCGUUAGGAAGCCAAUUCAUUUGAAUAUUCUCCCACCACCCCUUAAAUAAUUACAAGAAACACUCUGCUGCUUGCCCAGCACCCCUAGAAAAAACCUUGCUGGAUCCACCCCUGGUUGCAGAGAGUGGGCAGUAAGGCUCCCUCAUGACCCUAUGGUAAACCUGCACCCCUCCUUGCAGUUGAGGCUAAAUCCGCCUCAGGAAAUCAGGUAAAUUGCAUAUUUAUGGCAUGGGACUCGAUAGCUGGAAAUAUUCCAUUUUAAAAUUUAUUUCAGGUCCAUUGAACUUCAAGAAUGAUGUUGCAAACAGUUUACCAUCAGCAUAUAUGUCUGUUUCAUCUUUUGCUCAAGGUAACAGACUCUUUACAUGAAAUACUAUCGAACUAUCUGUUAUCUUAUUUUAAACUUAAAUCCAUUUCCCAUGGAUUUGCCUAUACUAUUUCAAUCAUUUUUACACCUCGGUUAUCCUGAACGGACACAUUGCCACCUAAUUAACCACUUAAAGGGUUAAUUAAAAUUCUUUUGUUCAUAUCUGGAAUGUGCAAGACGGUCCAAAUGGUACUAAUCAGAUUAUCUGAAAGUUCCAGGUUAUUUCAGUUAGUUACAACUAGAAACAACGUGCUUGAGAAUUUUGUGAGAGAAUAGGAAUAGGUUUAUUCAUAGCAUCGACAACCUGUGUGUCAGGCUCUUAUGCUUGAAAUAGAGCCUGCUAGGUGUGCACCGGAACUCAGUUCCGGCCGUUUAGUUCCGGCCGGAACCCCGAUUUUUCAGAGUUCUGGUUCCAGCUGGAACUAAUAAAAAAAACAUGGCCGGAACCGGAACUCUGUCAUUUUCAGAGAGAUAGAAUAUCAAACGUUUUUGUGUCUAACAAAAGUGCACAGUAGAAAGAAAUUUGGACUAUGCAAGGAAAAUCUACACUAUUAACACUUCAUUAUGACGUUUAAUGUUUGUCAAUCUUUUUAUUCUAACAUUUGUGAGCUCUCUCCUUGAUGACUUGAAGUGUCUGCCUGUCUGGCAGCGGACAAAGUAACAUAUGUCUAUACGGUAUAUGACUCAGAUCCGGUUCCGGCCGGAACUUAAAAAAUUGGUUCCGGUGCACCCCUACAGCCUGCUGCCGAAGCCAAUAAAAUCUGGACAGUGAUUUGGAUGCACAAAAAUAACAACCAAUCAAAACGGUGAUUGUUAAUUAGAUUAUCAAAGCUAAUUUAAAAUAUGCCACGAUAGAUAGUUCAAAACUAACGCCACGAACUGGGUUUGAAAAAUUGCUCCAAACUUUUUGCAAAUGUCAGAUAAAAAGAGUAGGGUCAGGAAAUAUAGCAGCCAAAAGCUAGGUAGGGUCGCGAAACCGGAAAACCCAGGUAUUUUUUUCUUUGGUCUAAGGAUUAUUCAUUACCAAUAUGACACUAUAUCUCGUAUCUCAUAGCUCCAAAGGCGAAUGUUAAAACAAAUUCCCCACUUGUUCAGCAUACAAAGGAACCAGAAAUUCAACAAAUAUCUGUGGUGAACCAGAACGACAAUCACAAAAUAGGUUAGUCCUAUAUUAUACUUGGAAGCUGUGAAUCAUAAAAUUAAUUAGUUCAUGUCAAAACAUUUUUAGCCACUCUGGUACAAUACAGUACCUGUAUAAAUGGAUAAUUAUAUUAAUUAUGCAAGUUACUGGACAGCAAAUAUUAAAGGUGAAUUGAUCUUUUAAGCAACCACAUGGGAAUUUUAUCAAAACCCAAAGUAGUAUUAAUUAGAGCGAAAAGCGGCUACAAUGUUUGUGACGAGGGUAAAUUACUCUGAAAAUCUUCGUACACUUCAUCAAAAAUAAAAAAUAAAUCUUUGGAAAAAUCCCCAAAUCCCAAGAAAUCUCUAAAAAUUGCAUAAAAUACUUGGAAAAAGCCCGAUGAAAUCCUCAAAAUUAUUGCAAUAUUGAGAAAUCCAAUCAUUUAAAUCGUGAAUUGACGUGAAAAUGUCCUUCGUUAGAUUAUAUUUCGCAAAAAAGUUCGGAAAAAGUUCGGCGAAAAAAAUAAGGGGAAAUAUUUCCAAAAAAAUCAGCUGAAAAAAAUCCCAAAAUCCCUUAAAUUUCGGGGAAAAAAUCCCAGAAUCGCAAGAAAAAUUGCCGGGAUUUUCUAAUCUCAAAAAUCUUCGUACGCUUUUUUCAGAGUAAUUUACCCCUCGGUUUGUGAUUUCCUCGUGAGUCAUGCUAUCAAAAAGGAAACUGUGAAUCAUAAAAUUAAUUAGCUUUUUUGGUUAACCCAUUAAGUGGCAGCACUCUCCACUUGAGGAGUAAAAUUGUCUGGCAUUAGACAGAGUAAAAUACUAAAGUAGGGUGCAUCAGGGUGCAAUGACGCUUAAAGGGUUAAUGCCUGGGUUUUUUCAUGCAGACAGUGUAAAACAAUAAAGCUGAGUGCACCUAGUGCAUUGCAACAACUGACGAGACAUUUAACCCAUUAUUGCACAAUACUCUACUCUCGAUUAGUAAAAUAGUCCGGCAUCAGAGUGUUUUAGAGUAAAAAUAAAGUAUAUAGGAUGCAUUUUGGUGCAUUGCAGCAUUAAAUGCCAGCGCUCUCUAUUUGACGUGUAAAAUCGUCUGGCAUUAGACAGAGAAAUAAUACAAAGGGCGCAUUGCAUCUUACUGCAACAAAUACAUUUGUAUAGGUAAUAAUAGUAUGGUUUCGAGUGCAAUUUGGGAAAAACAUGCAUGAGUUAGUUUUUCAAAGACGAUCAAAAUUUUUAUUCUAAAUCUAAAAUAUUGUGUCAAACAAUUUUUUACUUAGAUUUUCCAACAGUGGUGAAAACAAGUGAUAAAGAUAGUGGUAAUGCAAGUAAAGUGGAGGUAUUCGUAGAUUGGAGCGACAAGCUGAACUCCCCCAAGAAACAAGAAGAUAGUCUUGAUCAUGCAUUUAGUAAAUUAAAAUUCAAUCGUAAUCUCAUGUCCAUGGUUGGUCGAUCUCCAGUCAAGCCAGGUGAGAUUCGCAUUACAGUGCUGUAGAUCUUUUAAUUAUGGUAAGCAGCGGUGGAUUUAUAGGGGGGGGGAGGGUGUGCAUCCCUGUUGGCCUUGGUCAACAACGGUGGAAGGGGGUGCAAAAAUUAAACAAAAUUUUACUUUUAAAUGUUUGAAGUAUAAUUCAACGGGGUGGGGAAUUUGAACCGGAAGUCUUAAAUUUUGCCCGUUUUCGCGUGCUUCCUGCAUGCACAGAAAAUACUUCGCAUUGGUGGCAAAUUCAGAUUUCGAGGGAAACGGCCUUAAUUUUGUGAAAAACUGGCUCAAAGAAACGGGCAUGGAAAAUCAAUGUGCUUCGUUUGAAGGUAUGUACUACAUAAUUGUGUAAAACUGUUAAAUUUCCACAAGGUAUCCAACUUUUUACGUGAGUUUCGCUAUCUUGUCGAAAAACAUUUCCGUAUAUUUUGUACUUUUUGUAUUUACUGUUUCAUAAUUUUCAUAUGAAGGUGGGGCAUUUGAACGCUUAAUUUCUUGUUACAGUGGGGCAUUUGAAGACUUUUUUUGCACAGGGGGUGGAGAAUUUGAUCAGUCAAAUUUCAAAAAGUUCAAAUUCCCGGGGUCGGCCCGGUGGGGGGAUGGCGAAGUUGAUCGAUACAUAAGUCCAAUAUUAAUAAUUUUUUAGUUUAAUACAGUACUUUGAUUGAAUAAAGCAAAUUCUUAAUUUUGCUGCAAACGUCUAACAUUGCAAGUAUUUGAUAAUGAAUAUAAAAAUUAAAAAAGCAAUCGAAUAUUCAAAUGUGAAAAAUUUCCAUUUUGUCUUUCACAUAAUCACAGCAUUCAAGAGAAUCGGGGAUUUAUAUUUUAUAUACAGUAAUUAUUAAAUCACAUUUAUUCAACAUAUCUGUAAAUUGUAAGCAAGAAACUACUCCGACCAACUUUGCUACAGAGUCCAAUUGCCAACCAUUGACCGUUGACCUCGAUAUUUACCCCAACCUCGUUCCCAGGAUCUUUACCGAGGUUGUAUUUACCCAUAUCUCUCCUACUGGUAUCGCCUUAUGUGGUUAAUGCUCAACAACUGGACUCUGUAGCUCGGUUGGAGCGCUGCACCUGGGGCCGGGGGUGUGGGGUGUGGGCGGUUGCAACACCCCCUAAUAAUUGCUCAUGAGCAAUUUCAGGUAGAUUUCCAGUAGAUUUUCCGGUAAAUUCAGGUAGAUUUCCAGUAGAUAUUCAGGUAAUUCUCAGGGCAUGAGAAAGUGAAUUGGGAAAAAUAACUAUAUCUGUUGGAAAAUUUUUAGUAUUUUCCUAAAAAUUAAGAUAUGUCUGGAAAAAUGUUUGUAUGUUCGCGAAAAUUACGGUAUCUUCGGAAAAUUUUUGGUAUGUCCGGAAAGUUUUUUUUGACCUUCCUUCCCCCCCUCCCCCCUCCCCGCAUGCUCGAUUCCUGCUGGUGGGCUUGUACUGUUCUAGCCUGCGAAUACAGCCGGCCUGAUUCACGACGACCUGUAUUCGCAGGCUGUAGUUGCAUUUUUCGCAACUGCUCCUGGUUAUAAAAUUCGUUCCAAAAAAUUCCAUCUACAAAAACUCAUCUGCUAUCACUUGUAUCGAACGAGAUGCCCAAGAUCUCGAUAUGAAUCCAUAAUAAAACCCUGCACUUACGGAAGAACUGAAGCUAUAGCUUGUUUUUUUUCCAGUGGACAUUGUGAUUGGCAUUCCUACAGUGAAACGAGACACUACAGACUAUAUCUCAUCCACACUACGACAUUUAGUGAAAUAUCUGAACGAAAAUGAGACAAAACAAUGCCAUAUUGUUGUCUUCAGUGCAAACUUCGAUCUAGGGCCAAAUGAUAGGACUGUAAAUUUUAUCAAGAACGAAUUUGCAAACGAAGUUGCCGCGGGUCUCAUUGAAGUAAUCAAACCUGACAUAUCAUUUUAUCCUAAACUUGAUAACCUGCCUGCAUUAUGGAAGGAUAAGCCAGAUCGUGUUAAGUGGCGUUCAAAACAAUGCAUUGACUAUGCAUUAUUGUUUGCCUACUGUCGGAAACUUGGUCGUUAUUACCUCCAAUUGGAAGACGAUAUUUCUGUCUCGCAAACAUAUUUCCGAGAAAUGAAGAAUUUUAUUCAAGCACGUGGUCGGUCAAAGUGGUCAAAUUUACAAUUUGGCACUUCGGGGUUCAUUGGUAUGCUUUUCAAGACAUCUGAUUUGGGCAGACUGGCUCUAUUUGUUAAAAUGUACUACUGGAUAUUUCCUGUCGAUAUUCUAUUCCGGCAUUAUAACGAUGUGCAUUUAUACGGAAAUAGUCCGAAAGACAUUUAUCGUCCAGCAUUAUUUCGACAUCUUGGUCGCGAAUCGUCGCUGAAAGGUCAAACUCGUAGAGUCGAAGGAGGAUUGAAAAAGUUUGAACCCCGUCCAAACAAAAGACGCUAUGUAGAUGCCACGAACCCAAAUGCUUUUAUUUCUACUAACAUCCAAGUGUUUGAAUCGAAUACCAUCGACGGCCCAUAUAGAUCAUCGAACCUUGGCUAUUUCUGGGGCAAGAAUGUCAAGCUUAACGAUUUCGUUGUUCUUGAAUUUAUGAAAGAACUAACGUUAACUCGAAUCGUUUUUGAAAGUGGAAGUGAUUUCGCACCAGUUGAUCUUAUGACUGAAUGUAAACUAGAGACCACUGAUAGUUCGAAAGCUGGGAAUUGCAACGAACAAGGGUAUAAGUUACUAUCGAGUUCUGCAAGCAGUGGAAAAAUUGACUCUGGUACUGUUGAGUUGCCAAAUGUGAAAUGUGUUAAGAUGACUAUCACUACACUUAAUGUGGAUGAAAGGGGCAAUUCAAGAUGGUUAUUAAUUAGAGAGAUUGCAGUUUGGUCACAAUGAAAUGAACUUGUUCUCAUGCCAUUCUUCGUUCAUUGAUGUCAUUCAUGCCAUUCUGUGAUAUCCAAGGAGUUUAGUAUAUUUGAAUAUGAAAGCUGAAGCCUGCCUGUCACACAUGAGAGCUUUAAUUUAGCUGAGAAAAUCGCUAUAUCGUGUGCACACAAUCUAACGCCGUGAAGAAAAAUUCUAUCGUGUUUGAUUAUUUUGUCCAUGCGAGGUAAGGAUCGCAACGUGUGCGGAUGUUGUGAGUUUUAAGCUCAGCUGUGAAUAUUACGAAAGUUACCGAACUGUGGACCACUCCCACAAACGUCUACGACCGCGCCUACAUAGUUUUGCAUGUUUACAAUUCUAAUUUUAAACAGCCAAUUACCAAGAACCUGAUUGGCUGUUCAAAAUUAGAAUUGUAAACAUGCAAAACUAUGUAGGCGCGGUCGUAGAGGUUUGUGGGAGUGGUCGAUAUACGAAUUUUUGAUGCGAUUCCACAGUUCCGUGACUUUCGUAAUAUAUACUGUAGUAACCAAUAACGUGAUAUUUGCCGCCAUUUUGAAAUUUAGAGCGAAGUAAAAUAUUAGUUUAGCACUUUACUUCAGAGCCUUUUGUAACUAUAUAACCUAAAAAUACUAAACAUUGUGUUGUAAAUACCUUAGACUUUAAAAAUUUCCCAGUGGAUAAGCAUAUCCCAAACCCUAUAGAUUUGACGAAAAGGCCCUGCUUUACUUUAUGUUUACGACAAACGUAAAGAGCUAAACUAACCGCCACGCUUGCUUGAUGAUUAGCUCAGCCAUAUGUUCUCAUGUGCGUCAGGCUUUAGCUAGUUAAAUAAUGGUGGUUGUUGGUCAGGGACAUACUGUAGUGUGGUCACGCUCAAAUUAGGUUUUGCAAUGUUAAAGGAAUUGCGCAUCUCUGUGGCAAUUUUGUAGUCUUUGUAAGGUUAGGUCAAAUAAAAAAUUGUUGGAUUUAGGUUUCUAACUGACCUGUUUACAAUAUCUUAGUUACAUAUACAGUAGUUACAGAGUACUUCAGCCGUUUUUCCGAACGAGAUUUUGUUAGGGCCAAAAAAAAAAAUAUGUGUGUUUCCGGUUUCUUCUUAUAAAAACUUAGGUAGGGUAGGUCGGUUUUAACUUUUUUUUUUAAAACUUUUUUUUAAUUUUCCGAAUAAGCGGACGCCAUUUUGUUUAGUCAGUGCUUCCACAUCCAAAGAUAAAUUUCCCUAAUAUUGCCUCAGAUUUCAAUUUUUCACAAACUUUUUCCUCUAAGUGGAAACACUUACAACCAUGAUCCAACAAAAAAGUUUAGGGUCGGGAUUUCGACGUCCAAAAGCUAGGUAGGGUCGGGAAACCAGAAACCCACAUAUUUUUUUUUGGCCUAGAUGUGUAUAAUGAAGAAAAUACAAUGUCUUACAUAAUCCGACCUGUUUUCUAUAAUUGCGAUCCAAAAAGAGAACGCACGUAAAAUCUAACGAAAUCUCUUGGUAGCAAGAUGAAUAACAUUCCUUUAGGGUUAUUUGCAUUCUUUUGGCGCAAACACUUCAUAAUCAGCGAUUUUAAAUUCAGCAGCUCCCAUGAGUGAUGUAGGUGAACCGUGCUCUCCACCGUAGCUGUGUGAAAGCCUGGAGCCGGAGUCAGUAUUCACAUUACAGUCGUGAGCAAUUGACAAAUCAGGCCCAGCACCAAAUGUAGGACCAAGGCUACAGGAGUAGUACAUGUGAAUUAAUAAGGAACUGAAAGUAUGCUUGAUGUAUACGAGUGUGUUCAGAAUAGAAAACAUUUUUCCAGAAACAUUUGACCAUGUUUGCCCACGACUAGGAAACGGUUUCUUGGUUUGCACACAUAGCCAGGAAAUAAUAUUUCCUGAACUGUUUCCUGGUUGGCUUACUUCCAGAAACCUUUGGGAAACGUGGCUGGGAAACAAUGUUUCCUGGUUUGCCCACCUUCAGGGAGCAUGGCUAGGAAACAAUGUUUCCUGGUUUGUCCACCUUCGGGAAACAUGGCUAGGAAACAAUGCUUCCUGAUUUUCCACCUUUGGGAAACAUGGCUAGGAAACAAUGUUUCCUGGUUUUCCACCUUUGGGAAACAUGGCUAUAUGAAACAAUGUUUCCUUGUUUGCCCACCUUCAGGAAACAUUGCUAGGAAACAAUGUUUCCUGGUUUGUCCACCUUCGGCAAACAUGGCUAGGAAACAAUGUUUCCUGGUUUGUCCACCUUCGGCAAACAUGGCUAGGAAACAAUGUUUCAUGGUUCUCCCACCUUCGCAAAAUAUGGCUAGGAAACAAUGUUUUCUGGUUUGUCCACCUUCGGCAAACAUGUUUAUUCGUAGCUUUAGUAAGUUUUAUUUGAUGCGACGAUAGUAGUUAUACUACACUUACCUGGUAUGGCUCAAUGUUGCAUAUUUUGGUCGAAUAAUAUCAAAUCUUGUGGGUGCAAGGUCUUUAGAGUUUACCAAAUUAAACAAGAAAC